AUGACAGACAAAGACGCGCCUGUGGUAGAGAUUGAGAUCAACCUCGAUGCGGACACGCCGCUGUCGAAGAAGGAGCUAAGAAGAAUCAAGAAGGGGAAGACCACUCUUGAAAAGAUACAGAAGAAGAAGGCCAAGAAGCUUGCGUCAGCGGCCGCCGGUGCUCCAGCGGGGGCUGUCGAAGCAGCAGAAAAGGCGUCCGGCGAGGAGGGAGCAGCGGAAAGCGCUGCUGGCGAGGACGCAGGUCCGAAACAGCCCAAGAGAUCCGACUUCGGGAUCUGGAUUGGGAACUUAUCGUUCGACACGACCCGGGACGAGCUGGUGAACUUCAUCACGGCGAAGGCCGGCGUGCUUGCCAAGAGCGACAUUGCACGGGUCAACCUUCCUACGCGGGGGACGAAGAACAGAGGGUUUGCUUACGUGGAUUUCCACACCGAGGAGCAGCUUGAGCACGCGCUCAAGCUCUCCGAGUCCGAGCUCAACGGCCGGAAGGUCUUGAUCAAGAACUCCAAGUCCUACGAGGGUCGUCCAGAGAAGCCCGAAGGUGCCACCAGCGCCCUCAGCAAGAACCCGCCCUCGAGAAUCUUGUUUGUCGGCAACCUAUCUUUCGACACAACCCAAGACCUGUUGCAGGACCACUUCAAGCACUGCGGGGAGAUUGUCAAGAUCAGAAUGGCCACCUUCGAAGACUCAGGCAAGUGCAAGGGCUUUGCCUUCAUCGACUUCAAAGACGUAGACGGCCCCACCGCCGCCCUCAAAGACAGGACCUGCAAGAAACUCAUCAACAGACCGCUCCGGCUUGAGUUCGGCGAGGACAGGUCCCAGCGGAAAGUCGUUCCGAACGCAAAGAGAGCCUUCGAGGAGUACGCAGCACCCGCCGUAUCCUCCUCCGCCAGCGCCCCCGCAGCAGCCCAACAGCCUGUCGUAAGCAAGGGGUUCCAGGAGAAGCAAGACAGGCCAGCCAAGAGAAUCCACCACUCCUCCGCCAGACCCGAGGGAAGAGUCACCUCCUCCGUUGCCUUGGCAAAUGCUCAGAGACAGAGCGCAGCCGUUGUCAAAUCAACGGGAAAGAAAAUCACAUUCUAG